CGGGAACGCGCAUGUCAGGCUCGUUGCAGAGAUCCUGCUGCCUUGGCUCUCACGAUCAAUCGUGAGGAUGGUGUUGUCUGCGAGGGUCCACGGUUUUGAUUUUACAGCAGAUGUCGGGAGCCGAUGAAGUCACAUGAGAGCGGGCGAGGCUGUAAUCCCCCCUGAAGCCGUCUGUCUGUGGAGAAGAGUGCGCCGCUGUCAGACCAAGGACAACGCUAACAUUACUGAUGGAAUUCCCAGUCGUUGCUAGAUGGAGAAACCGAAAGGGUGGACUCGGUGUAAAUAAUUAAAGAACAUAUCUGCUGCUAAAAUAGAAGGAAAAUGCAUCUGCACCAGGUGCUGACGGGAGCGGUGAACCCCGGAGAUUGUUGCUACUCGGUGGGCAGCGUUAAUGACAUUCCCUUCACGGCCUAUGGAUCAGGAUGCGAUGUAGUCAUCUUGGCUAGUGACUUCGACUGCGUUCAGAUUAUCCCGGGAGCUCAGAAUGGAAACAUACAGGUGGGCUGUGUGGAGUGCUCCCACCAGCUUGGCAGGAUUGCCGCUUCUUACGGAAACACAGUCUGCAUCUUUGAGCCGCUUUCUAUCAAUCCCAAUAAACGCCACAAGCAACUUAACUAUCAGUGGCAAAAGACAGGACAGUUCUUUCUUGAUGCCAUCACCUACAACCUGGCCUGGGACCCGCAAGGGAACCGUAUCCUGGCAGCAGCUGAACGACUCCAGCUGUGGGCUCCUCCACUGGCAGACGCUCUCAUAGAAGAGGAGGAUGGGCAGAUGAUUGAGGACAAACCCCACCCUGUCCUCAGCGACUGGAACUGUGUCUGGCAGUGCAAGACCGCUGCGUCUAUUCACACCGCCAAGUGGUCUCCUGAUGGGGAAUACUUUGCUACAAUUGGGAAGGAUGACUGUCUACUUAAGGUGUGGUAUCCCACCACUGCCUGGCGCUCAGCGGUGGUGGUCCAGGACCCAUCUGAUAAAAAGUCUCCACCUGUUCACUUUUCCUUUGUUUACUUGGCCCAUCCUCGCUCAGUCACUGGUAUGUCUUGGAGGAAGACCAGCAAAUACAUGCCCAAGGGAACGGUUUGCAAUGUCUUGCUCACGUCCUGCGAGGAUGGUGUGUGCAGGUUAUGGUCAGAGACCCUACUACCCGAAGACAGUCUGCUCGGUGGGCAGAUCACUGAGAACACACACACUUUCAGCUCCAGCCUCCCAGGUUUGGGAGGAAAUAAGGACAAAAUCCAGCAUGCUUUAGAGUCAAUCCACCACCUGAAACAGUUGCGCCGGGGCCGGCGGCGGUCCUCUGCUCUGGUGGCCCACAGUGACCUGCUGCCCUCUCAGCUGGGCACACAAGACGCUCACACUCACCGCCACAUUGCUCACCAUGCCAACGCCCUGUGUCACUUUCACAUUUCUGCCAGUAUUAACCCAAAUACAGACAUCCCCUCAACGCUGGCUGACUCCUCAGUAUUCAACCCUGAAGACAGCACUGGUGGUGGAGGCUUUGUGGUUCACUGGCUUAACAACAAGGACCUCAGUUUCACUUCAUCAAUGGAUCUCUUUAUGACGCAGCUCCGCAAGUUCUCUGAGCAGCACCUGGACCAGACUACUGACGAGCCUCUCGACGCUGAGGGAUCCCCUAUGAAGUUUGAUUUUGACCUAGACGAGAUGUCUGACAAAGCGUCAUCAGAACACGGAGAAGAGGGGGAUUCAGGGGAACAAGGAAGUACUAAGGCGUCCUCCCCUGGAUCCAGCUCCAGCAUGCCGUUACCGUCCAUGCUGCUGGAAAGGAAGAUGGAGACUUUGUCCAUAGAGUGGAACAAGAGUCCAGACAUGUUGUUCACGAUACACCCCACUGAUGGUUCUUUCUUGGUUUGGCAUGUGAAGUACUUGGAUGAAUUCAACCAGGGGAUUUUCAGACAAGUUCAGGUCUCCUUCUCCUCCCGCAUUCCAGUAGCAUUUCCUACGGGUGAUGCUAACUCCCUAAGUAAAAACAUCCUGAUGUAUGCCUGCACUUUGACUGAGGGCGAGAGCGCCGGGACCGGCGAACAAGGAAGAAUGAUCCAGCGUAUGUCCCGCUCAGCAUCCAUAUCCACCGGCCUGGGAUCCACCGCUGUCUCCCCCUCACCAAAACUUCGCCCUGGCAUUAGCCCUGCAGUCAUGAUGGUCUCGAAGCACGUCGACGGAUCUCUCAACCAGUGGGCGGUGACAUUUGCUGAGCGGUCCGGCUUCUCCAACGUCUUGACUGUUUCUCACAAGAUUCGGUACUGCGGCCACCGUUUCCACCUAAACGACCAGGCCUGUCACACCGUGCUGCCGCUUCUGCUCACCUCCUCCCACCACAACGCGCUGCUCACCCCUCCCUCUGCCCCCAGCAGUUUAGAAGGGGAGCAGCUCCAGUCCUUUCCUCCACCAAAAGGACUUCCCAGGAAGCAGCUUCGUAAUGCAGCUACAAGGACUUUCCACGACCCAAACGCCAUUUACAGUGAGCUGAUUUUGUGGCGAGUGGACCACAUCGGACCCCUGUCCUGCACUGGAGGGGUCUCUGAACUGGCCCGCAUCAACUCUCUGCACACGUCUGCCUUCAGCAACGUGGCUUGGCUGCCUACACUGGUACCCAGCACAGUACUGGGAACGUACUGUAACAGUGCCAGCGCCUGCUUUGUGGCAUCAGAUGGUAAAAACCUGCGUCUCUAUCAAGCUGUUGUGGAUGCAAGAAAACUACUGGAUGAGCUGUCAGAUCCAGAAACAUCUAAACUGGUGGGCGAAGUGUUCAACAUUGUCAGUCAGCAGUCCACAGCCAGACCUGGCUGUAUCAUUGAGUUGGAUGUCAUUACAAACCAGUGCGGCUCCAACACCCAGCUGCUUCAUGUCUUUCAAGAGGAUUUCAUCUUAGGUUACAAACCUCAGAACGAAUCAGAGGCUUUCACACCAGCCUUCUCGACUGGAGAAGAUUACCAACCUGCCCCAUUUUCUGAGAAGUUCUUCUUGGUGGUAAUAGAGAAGGAUCUUAAUGGGAACUCUGUGCUGCAGAUGUGGCACCUGCACCUCCAAUCUGUGCAGGCCUGCGUUGAUGAGCCCAGCCAACCAUUUAGCUUCCAGAGCCAGCUCCUGGUUCCCAGUCAGGUCGCGAAUCUCGACUCGUCCCCGGAGACCUCUCCAAUCAGACCCCUGCCUCGAUCUGCUUCUUCAGCCAACUUGCAAUCAGCAAGCAAACUUAUCCUCAGCUCCAAGCUUGUGUGCAGCAAGCGACUGGACUUACCGCAUGGGGUGGAAGUUACCAGGGCAACGCCAUCUGCAGGUCACCUAAGCUCCUCCUCCAUCUACCCUGUGUGUCUGGCUCCGUACCUGAUCGUUACCACCUGCUCUGAUUCUCACGUGCGCUUCUGGCGCUGCGCUGUGGAGGGCGACGAUGGAGACGGCACUGACAACCCGGUGUACCGCUGGGAACCCUGGGUGCUCAUGAACGAGGAGGAGGACAACAAUAGCGCAGUGUCUGUGUCGGGACGGCCUGUCGGCGUUUCCUGCUCCUACAUCGGUCGGCUAGCCGUGGCCUUUAAGCAGCCACGGCAAGGACUGCUGCACAACUCUGUGGAAGAUUUCUCCAUGCACGUUUCCAUCUAUGAGUGUGAAUCCACUGGAGGCUCUGAAUGGGUUUUAGAGCAAACUGUUCACCUUGAUGACUUUGUCAGACCUUCUUCAACACUGGAUCCAAGAGUCAGUGUAGACUCCAACCUUUUUGUCUACAGCAGGUCUGAUUUGUACAUGACCAGAGACCAUAGCUCGCCCAACAUCAAGCACUUCGUCCACCUGGACUGGCUAUCGAAGGAGGACGGCUCCCACAUUCUCACAAUUGGGGUGGGCUCUAACAUCCUUAUGUACGGCCGCAUCUCUGGCAUGGUCAAUGAACAGACCAGCAGCAAAGAGGGGGUGGCAGUAAUCACCCUUCCUCUAGGGGGCAGUAUCAAACAGGGCAUCCGUUCACGCUGGAUCCUGCUUCGCGCCAUUGACCUCCUGUCGUCCGUGGACGGAACGCCUUCGCUGCCGGUCUCCCUGUCCUGGGUGAGGGACGGCAUCCUGGUGGUGGGUAUGGACUGUGAAAUGCACGUGUACGCCCAGUGGCACCAGGACAAGAAGCCCGGUGAAGGAGAAGAGGGCAACCUGUCAUCCGCAGACAUCGCCGGAGGUCAGAGCGUAGUUACCUCCUCCGUCUUUGAAGGGAGAGCCAGGUCCAAGAGUGUGUUUGAAGGGAGCACUGGAGUGGAUGAGGCGCUCCGCGCCCCCGCAGGACUACAGGAAGGUGGACUGUUUGAGGCAGCUCAUUCUCUCUCCCCCACUCUGCCGCAGUACCACCCAACACAGCUGCUGGAACUCAUGGACUUGGGAAAGGUCCGACGGGCCAAGGCCAUACUUGCCCAUCUGGUGAAGUGCAUAGCUGGAGAAGUCGCUGUGGUCAGGGAUGUGGAGGCAGGUGAAGGCGGAUCCAGGAGGCAUCUCUCUCGAACAAUCAGUGUGACCGGAAGCACGGCAAAGGACACCAUUGUGGCCGGCCGAGACGGAGGGAGGGAUUACACGGAGAUCAACUCCAUCCCUCCACUGCCCCUCUACGCCUUGAUGUUGGCCGACCUCGACACCUCAUUCAAGGGAGCGGAAGAAAGCGCCAAAACGGCAAAGGUUGUUGACGGUGAUGCAACUCAAAAAUCCUCAGAAGACCAGUAUGCCGAUCUCUUCCAGGUGCCAACAGUUACUACUGAUGACUUUGUGAGGAAGAGAGGAAGUCAUCAUCUCUCAGUCUCACCCUCUUAUUUUGGACCGGAGCAUGCUCAGGUGUUAUCCAGCCACCUCAUGCACUCGAGCCUCCCAGGACUCACCAGGCUGGAACAGAUGUUUUUGGUGGCCUUGGCCGAUACAAUCGCUACCACAAGUGCUGAAGUUACGAGCUCCGCUGACCAACAGUACACAGGUGGCGAGGCUCUUGAUGAGUGUGGACUGAGGUACCUGCUCGCCAUGCGUCUUCAUACCUGCCUGCUCACGUCUUUGCCUCCUCUGUAUCGUAUGCAGUUGCUUCACCAGGGCCUUUCCACGUGCCACUUUGCAUGGGCCUUCCACUCUGAGGCGGAGGAGGAGCUGCUGAACAUGAUUCCUGCCAUGCAGAGAGGCGACCCACAGUGGUCUGAGCUGAGAGCCGUGGGAGUGGGAUGGUGGAUACGCAACAUCAACACGCUGCGGAAGAUGGUGGAGAAGCUGGGCAAAGCUGCGUUCCAGAGGAACAGCGACCCUUUGGAUGCUGCGCUGUUCUACUUGGCCAUGAAGAAAAAAGCUGUUCUGUGGGGUCUGUUCCGGUCUCAGCAUGAUGAGAAAAUGACUCAAUUCUUCAAAAACAACUUCACUGAGGACCGCUGGCGAAAAGCAGCUCUAAAGAACGCUUUCUCCCUGCUGGGAAAGCAGCGCUUUGAGCAGUCUGCUGCUUUUUUCCUAUUAGCUGGCUCCCUUAAAGACGCAAUAGAGGUGUUGAUGGAGAAGAUGGAGGAUCUCCAGUUAGCCAUGAUAGUAGCGAGGUUGUACGAAGCCGACUUUGAGAAUUCGUCCACCUGCCAAGGCCUGCUGUACGAGAAGGUUCUGGGCUGCAACCGGGACGGGAGCGCUUAUCACUGCUCCAGACUGCAUCCAGACCCGUUCCUUCGCAGCAUAGCCUACUGGAUCAUGAAAGAUUACACCCGAGCCCUGGACACACUAUUGGAGAGAAACCCAAAAGAAGAGGAGAAUCCAGAUGUGAUGGUGAAGUCUUGCAACCCUGUUGUGUUUAGUUUCUAUAACUACUUAAGGACACAUCCUUUGAUCAUCCGUCGGCAUUUUGCGAAUCCAGAAGGCACAGUGACAAAUGUGGGCCUUACUGCUGAGAAAAGCAGUGCAGAUGAGAUCAACCUUAUAGAACGCAAACUGUUCUUCACUACUGCCAAUGCACACUUUAAAGUGGGUUGCCCGGUUUUGGCUCUGGAAGUGCUCUCCAAGAUUCCCAAAGUAAGCCGGAAAUCUGGCUCCUCGUCUCCCAGCAAAGCUCCGUCGAAGGCAAAUGUGAAUGUGAGCCAGCCGUUAGAAAAUGGCACCCAAGGCGGUUUGGACUGGGGCUCCUCUGCAGCCCCGGCUCCUGCCUGGGGAGCCAACGAUAGCGUUGGUGGGCUGGACUGGAGCCAGCCUGUUAUCAAGGUGGAGGAAGACGAGCUGCAGCUCGACUGGGGCAAUGACAAGGAAGAUGAUGAAGAUGAGGAUGAAGAUGGCUUAACCAUGAAGAAACCAGAGAUUGAGGACAAAGGCUCAAAGAAUGAUGGUCCCAAACUGCAAAGAGAAGACUCGCAGGGUGAGUCCGAAGUGGAUGUGAUUGCAGAGCAACUGAAGUUUCGUGCGUGUUUGAAGAUCCUGAUGACCGAGCUGCGAACGCUGGCCACGGGUUUCGAGGUCGAUGGAGGGAAGCUCCGCUUUCAGCUCUACAGCUGGUUGGAGAAGGAGAUUGCAGCAAUGCACAAGAUCUGCAACUACAAAGUGGAGGGAAAAGAGGAAGGCCCAGAAGUCGAGAGGGAUCGUACAGCGUCUGUGGACAUUUCAGACGAGGCGCUGGAGAACAUGGAGGCCGGGGCUUACGAGCGUCACCAGAUGGAGCGACGUCGUCUUCAAGCCAAGCAGCAGCACUCUGAGAGGCGUAAAGCCUGGCUGAGGAAGAACCAGGCCCUGCUGAGGGUCUUCCUGUCGUACUGCAGCCUUCAUGGAGCCAAAGGAGGAGGGGUCACCUCCGUCCGUAUGGAGCUUCUCUUCCUCCUGCAGGAGAGCCAGCAGGAGACCACAGUGAAGCAACUGCAGUCCCCUCUGCCUCUGCCUACAACCCUGCCUCUGCUGUCAGCGUGCAUCGCCCCCACCAAGACGGUCAUAGCCAAUCCCGUUCUCCACCUCAGCAACCACAUACACGACAUCCUCUACACCAUCACGAUGUUGGAGGCUCCGCCACAUCCGGACAUCAUCGACGAUCGGGUAAAUGCGCUUCACACGCUAGCAGCGUCUCUUUCUGCCUGUGUCUACCAAGCCCUAUGUGACAGUCACAGUUACAGCAGUCAAACAGAAGCCAACCAGUUCACAGGGAUGGUGUACCAGGGGCUGCUGCUAAGUGAAAGGAAGCGGCUUCGCACAGAAAGCAUUGAAGAACAUGUUACUCCGAACUCUGCUCCUGCGCAGUGGCCUGGUGUGUCGUCCCUGAUCUCCCUGUUGACGUCUGCGAGGGAGGAGGACCAGCCAAGGCUCAGUGUUCUGCUGUGCGAGGCGGUCGUGGCUGUUUAUCUUUCGCUGCUUAUCCACGGCCUGGGCACUCACAACAGCAAUGAACUCUUCCGCCUGGCCGCGCAUCCCCUCAACAAUCGCAUGUGGGCGGCUGUCUUCGGAGGAGGAGCAAAAGUCAUCAUUAAGCCAAAGAGGCCUGAACUUCCACCAGUGCCAACUGAGUUUGAGGCAGCCAGUCCAGAGGAAUCUCAGGAGACAGGAAGACCUGAGCAGAGCAACCUCCCCUCAAACCCCUCUCCCAUCCUCACUGAAACCCAGCACCCCAAUCGACCCCCUCCUCCUGUUUCAAGGGGAGAGGGGCUGGGCACUGUGGCCCCAGCAACUAAGGCCAGCUCUGCCCUUAGCCAGGAGUGUUCAGUGGCCAAGGCUGAGCAGUCCUCUCAGACUAGAUCUGAAUCUGAGACUAAACCAGAGAUUGUCACCCAGGAUGAUGGCGCAGCGGCCCCCCCUCAGCCGCCUGCGGAGGACGUGGACCGAUACAGGCGCAGAUUCAACAUGAGGAUGCUGGUUCCUGGACGCCCGGUGAAGGAGACCCCCGCCACCCCGCCUCCUGUGCCUGCAGAGAGACCCACCUACAGAGAGAAGUUCAUUCCCCCCGAGCUGAGCAUGUGGGACUACUUUGUAGCAAAACCUUUCCUCCCGCUCUCGGAGAGCAACGCUUUGUAUGAUUCAGACGAAAGUGGCGCUGAGGAUGACGACGAUGACGAUGAUGCCUUCCUCUCAGACACACAGAUGACGGAGCAUUCGGACUCCAACUCCUACAGCUGGGCUUUGAUCCGUCUGGUUAUGGUCAAACUGGCUCAUCACAACGUCAAGAACUUUAUCCCUCUCACUGGACUUGACUUCACAGAUCUACCAGUCACUUCACCUCUUAGCAACGCAGUGUUGAAGACUUUGGAGAACUGGGAACAACUUUUACUGGAGCGGAUGAACAAGUUUGAAGGUCCGCCUCCCAAUUACAUCAACACCUACCCCACUGACCUGAGCACAGGUUCUGGGCCCGCCAUACUGCGACACAAAGCCAUGCUGGAGCCAGACAACACGCCCUUCAAGAAUAAAAGCCAUCAGUCCUUCCCAGUACGACGUCUUUGGCAUUUCCUCGUCAAACAGGAAGUUCUCCAGGAGGCUUUGAUUCGUUACAUCUUUACCAAGAAAAGGAAGCAGAGUGAGUCUUUAGAGAACCAUGUGGACCGUAUAAACCCAAACUGCAUAGCUGGAGCUAGCAGUCCCUAUAAGGUAGAGGCAGAUCUGGGCUAUCCUGGAGGAAAGGCUAAAAUCAUUCACAAGGAGUCUGACAUAAUUAUGGCGUUUGCCAUUAACUGGGCUAAUUCCAAUGAGAUCGUGUUGGCAUCCACCCACGACGUCCAGGAGGUGGACGUCUCCACUCUGGUGGCCGUCCAGCCCUACACCUGGAUAGGAGACGACUUUGAUAAGGAAUCCCGAAGCUCAGACGACUUAGACCCCCGCUCCUCUCACACAAACAUCGCCCAGGCGAGCUCCGUGUCUUUUGCACCGCCGCCGAUGCCAGUUUCUGCAUCCAUGCCGUGGCUCGGUAGCGGUCAGACCAGCAUGGGGGCCAGUGUGAUUAUGAAAAGAAAUCUAAAUAAUGUGAAGAGGAUGACAUCGCACCCUGUUUAUCAGUACUACAUGACGGGGGCUCAGGACGGCAGCGUGAGGAUGUUCGAAUGGAACAGGCCACAGCAGCUCAUUUGCUUCAGACAAGCAGGCAACGCUCGUAUCACCCGGCUCUACUUUAACUCCCAAGGCAACAAGUGCGGAGUUGCUGACGGAGAGGGAUUCCUCAGUCUCUGGCAGGUCAACCAGACGUCCUCCAACCCCAAACCUUACCUGAGUUGGCAGUGUCACUCCAAGACCUGCGGCGAUUUUGCGUUCAUCACGUCCUCCAGCCUGAUCGCGACAGCCGGACAGUCCAACGACAACAGAAAUGUUUGCUUGUGGGACACUCUGAUUUCACCUGGCAAUACUAUAGUCCACGCGUUCCCCUGCCAUGAGAACGGGGCCACUGUCCUCGAGUACGCUCAGAAGCAGCAGCUGCUCAUCACUGGGGGCAGGAAAGGCUUUGUGUGUGUGUUUGACAUCCGCCAGAGACAGCUGCUGCACACUUUCCAGGCCCAUGACUCGGCCAUCAAGGCGCUCGCUCUGGAUCCCUUUGAGGACUUCUUCGUCACCGGCUCUGCAGAGGGAAACAUAAAGGUCUGGAAGCUGGCAGGCCAUGGCCUCAUGCACUCCUUCAGCAACGAACACGCCAAGCAGUCCAUCUUCCGCAACAUCGGCAACGGCGUCACAAAGGUGGAGACGCGUCCGGGGAACCGCAUCUUCACCUGCGGCGCGGACGGCACCCUGAAGAUGAGGGUUCUCCCUGACCGCUACAACAUCGCCAGCAGCAUUGUUGACAUCCUGUGAUGCCUGCUUCCACAUCUGAGGGUCCAAAGAUGAAAAAGACGAGUAGAAAAAGAAACAAAACGAUGCGAAGGCUCGUCAAACAGCCUUUAAGUGAGGAUAUUUCGUCAACAGCUUGCCGCGCUUUUUGGAGUGUGCAGAGGUCAUGGGUUUACUGCAGAAGUAGAUGUUAUCCAGAGCGACAAAACCACAGCUGCAAACAUUUCUUUUCGCCAAAAAGGCUGAAAACAAAAAGUUACAAGCAAACGGUAUCAUACUUGAUUUUAAAAGCUAGAUUUGUUGUAAUUUUAUUGAUGAAUCUCUUCUCAUAGAGUGUGUCCAUAGGGAAGCUAUGCAUGUCCUGUUCUCGUUCCGCGGUGCAAUCACAGGUCUAUUGAUAGUGCUCUGUAAAAGUGCUCAAGCAAAAAUUUUUAAAAAGUGUGUAACUGUCGUCAUUUUGUGCCCACCGCUGAAAUCUUUUAGCCUCUACUGUAACCAGCACUGUGGUUCGUUAUUAAGUCAGUGGUUUCCGGUGUGAUUCGAGUCGUUGGAAUCUGCUUUUCGUUUCAAUAGUUUUGGCCCCUCCGGCUUCUCACCGAAGAGUUGACGGCGCAUCGCUCUUAACGGCGACGCCUCUCUUCUGUCCCCCUCCAUCCACUGAUCACUGGCUGCCCAUCGCUCACUGUGGCCUCUCCUGGUUUGAGUUCGACCUGAUCCAAGUGUGUGUUCUCUCUGCCGUGUCUGCCCGCCCUCCUGUUAGUGCGUUAGCCUCCCCGCUAGACCAUCGAACGCCCCUCUGACUGUAACUUUUAAUGUUUCAUCUGUGUUGUCUGACGCUAAACACCCGACCGCCCAGAGCAGAAACACAAAGGUUCACUACUGGUUUUUGCACAAAACGAUAUCAAUUCUGUUUUUAUGUUUGUGGGUUGUUUUCUUUUUUUGUUGUUGUUGUUGUUGUUUUAAUUGAGUUGAUUUCAAUAUUUAAAGUAUUUAUAUGUUUGUGUUUGGUUUACUGCUCCUUUGAAGAACUGUUUUAACUUAUUGCCUUUUAUUUUAGGAAUGUAAGAGCUUUCACUGUUUCCGAUUGGACAACGUGCAACAGUCUACUGUUAGUGUGUUUACCUCGCCAGCUGUUUUUAUUUCAUCCAUGAGAAAAUAGAUAUUUGCACUCAAAUUCUGAAGACACUAAAGGUUUAUUUCAAAUAUAUAGGUUAUCAAAGAAACUGUUGUAUACAAAUGAAUGUCUGGCUUUAUUUGCCCUGGUAGUAAAGCGUUUAAGAUAGUUUUACUAUAUGAAUUAUAUAAAUAUAUAUAUAUAAAUAUAUACAGUACGAACUACAACAACAGCUUGUACAAACAUGAAGACAUUUCUUUAUUUUUUAGUUUGUAUCAUACCAGUUGGAUUAGUUGUGACUUUUGUUAAGUGUGUGGUAUUUAUUAAAGAGAUUAGUGUUCCUCCCUCCUUCUGCCCACUACAUGUGCUGUAUGUGUUUUAGGAGUUUUACCAAUGCUGUUUGUUGUGUGUGUGUGCGUGUGUGUGUGUGUGUGUGCAUGCAAAGAAAGCCAAUAUCAUCGUUAGAUGUUUGCCGGGGCCAUCGAGCCUGGGGGUGUUUGUGAGAGACGGGUCAAGGUAACAGUUUUACCUCUGUAAAGUGAAUAAAUGAUUUUUAUUUCA